AUAAAACCGAGUAGUCGAGGUACAAGUGAGCAUUCGGUGUUUGGUCAGGCAAAUCGAUUGAACGUAAUCAUCAUGAGGUCCCUGAUAGUGGUAUCACUGGCCCUUCUGGUCAUGGGUGUGAGUGCACAAGAGAUCAGCACGACAGCUGAGGUGCUACAGAAGAUUUACUACAGGUGUGUGGACAGUGAGUCAAUGCUAUCAUGUGUCAAGCCAAAGGUCCUGGCGUACCUGAGCGACGUCAUCAAACAAGAGAGAGUACCCAUAACUGAGGACCUCUCGGUGAUUCGUGCCCGGCAAAUGUCUUUCGACAGUGAAGACUAUUCCCAGUACGAGGGAGUUGAUCCCGACAGAAAAGAACUUCUCCGUUCAUUGAUGCUGGAGAAGCUAGACUCAUACCUAGCAAGUCACACGCUGGAAGCGAAACUUCCGGAAGCGAUUGCAGGAUCAAACAUCGUUCCAAGGUCUCUAGUCGAAUCUGUGCCGAAGACCUUGAGCAUUCCCCUCUCAGACAACUCCAGUGGACAGGGACGUGGAUUCGUGAAGAAAGUCAUGAUUCCCUUCCUCCUGGGUCUGAAAUUCAAGGCAACAGCGCUGGUACCCCUCGCCCUCGCCCUCAUCGCCUUAAAAACGUGGAAGGCCCUCACUCUGGGUCUCCUCUCCAUGGUCCUCAGUGGAGCCAUGUUAAUUUUCAAGCUUACCAAACCCAAAGUUGCGUAUGAAGUAGUUCAUUAUGGACAUCCCCCUGUGGAACACGCCGCCCCUCACUGGGAUGCUGCAGCCAAUGGACCUUACCGCGGCUACAGAAAAUAG